AUGAAUGACAAUGCAAAUGUAAAUGUUGAUCAACUAUUAUGUCAAACAAAUAUUGACGAAUUAGAUGCAUCUGAGAAUAGUGGUAAAAAAUAUGAAGAAACUUUCUCCAUGUCAUCGUCAUCGUCAUCAGCAUCGACCACAACAUCAUCGAUAUCAAUGUGUUCACCAUCGAAAAUCACUACAGUCACUUCAAAUAUGAUCAUAUCGACGCUGAACAACACUUCACCUGCAUCAUCCUCAUCGUCCUCCUCGUCGUCAUCAACAUCAUCACCGUCAUCAAUCAAUGCGCUGAAACGUGCACGUUUUGAUUCAAACCCAACUGACAUUAAUAAUGGUAAUGCUAAUAGUAAUAAUAUUGAUCGUAAGCCGUUUUCGCACAAUCCAUUUACAUGUCCAUGUGGUCGAUUGUUGUUAGAUUCCAGUGAAUUUAUGGAACAUGCACAUCAAUGUCACGAGUUGAUGAUGAUGAUAACUGCAUCAAAUUUCACUGAACUAUUAGCUAUGAAUACAACACUGGCUAUGUCAUCAACUUCAUCAACAUCAUCAUCAUUAUCGGAAUGGAAUAAAUAUUUUCAAUUAGUAAAUUCAAAUAAUUUUUCAAUUAACAACAUUCAAAAUGAUAAUGAUUUGACCAAAAAUCAUACAAACACCAAAGGAAAUUCAAAUUUGUUUCAAUCAGCUUUGGAUUUAUCAUUUCGUUCGAAUGAAAUCCCUUCGUCGACUGUCUCCGCAUCCACCUGCACAUCAACAUCAUCAUCAUCAGCAGCAACCACAUCAUCUUUAAAUAAUCGUGAUAAUAAUAAUAACAGUCAUGUGUCAGCUAGCAUCGAUUGUCCCCAAUGUUCUUUCACAAGUACAGAUAUAUCCAUUUUGUGUAAACAUUUCGAAUUAGAACAUGAUGAUAAUAUACAUCAUCAAUUUACAUGUUCAAAAUGUCAUCAAACUUAUGAUCAACUGGUGUAUUAUUUAAAACAUCAAUUAGUUCAUCAGUGUUCGUCAAAUAUUGUAUCCGAUUGUUUUAAUCAACUAUCUUCAUCUUCUACGACGAUUAGUCGAACUGUUACUUCGACCAUUAACACUAGUUCAUCUGUAUCCACAUCAUCCGUGAACACAAUGAAUUCAAAUUCGACAAAAACACAUCAUCCUAAUCAUCGUGAUCAUCAACAAUUUCAACAGGAACAACAUUCAACUAAUCAUGGUGAACAUUACAGUCGUGUUGUAAAACAUCACUCAUCACUAUCAUCAACGUCAUCGCCAACAACAACAACAACAAGAACGUAUUCCAGUAAUGAUCAACAAUAUGAUGUUGAUAAGUCCGAGAAAAAGCUAUUCACAUGUCAUGCAUGUCAUCAAACUGGUUUUACACAUACUACUGAAUUAAUUAGUCAUUUCAUUGAAUGUCCAACAUUUAUAUCACUUAGUGAGAAUAUUGACAAGAGUAGUGGAAAUAAUUAUAGUAUGAAAACCUCUUCUACUACUACUGCAACUCCUACUACUAGUAGUACUACCUCGACUACUACUACUACAAAUCAACAACAAUAUCCUAUGAAUAAUAGUAGUAUUAGUAGUAGUAGUACAUGUGUAUCUCCAUUAUUAAAUGGAUUAAUGCAUAAUUCUACAUUUGAUUUUGAAAAAAAUUUCAAUGAUCUAUUCAAAUCAUCAUCAUGUCGUAGUAGUAGUAGUUCAACAACAAUUCAAAAUUAUUUAUUAAAUGAUUUUUCAUGUCAUUCAAUACUUACUGAUAAUAAUACUACUAAUACUAAUAAUAAUAGUAAUAAUAAACAUUCUAAUCGUAAAAGUAACAAUCAUUUCUAUUCACCUUACACACAAACCUCGUCUUAUUCACAUUUUUUGUCAAAUUUACAAUCAUUUGGAAAAUCUUAUUAUCAACAUAAUGGCACAAUAAAAUCUUCAUCAUUGGAUGAUAGAUCUAUUGAUUCACCAAUAGUAAUGAAUGAAUACAAUUUGAAUCAUAAUGACGUGUAUCAUCAUUGUCCAACAUCGGUGAAUUCAUUCAUCAUGAAUGAAUUCAAUGCUAAUCAUCAUCAACAACAAUCACAACAACAACAGCAACAUCGUUAUAUGAAAGAUCAACAUCAUCAUCGACAAUCUCAUCAACCGCAACAAAAUCAUUCAAUGAUCAAUAAUUCACUACCAACAACAACAACAACAACAACUAUUGACAAUUUAACUGAUCUGUCAAGGCCAUUUAAAUGUUGUCAUUGUAUUAAAGCAUUUAAAUCGAAAGCAUUAUUAGAUCAACAUAUGCAUAUACAUUAUCCACCAAAAUAUACAUGUCGUUAUUGUGCUAAAAAAUAUCGUUGGCCACCAGUAUUUUAUCAUCAUCAACGUACUUGUAAGAAACGACCACCACCACCUACACCAACAUGUACAAGUAAUAAUGAUCUACAUAGUACUACUAAUACUACUACUAGUAGUACUAGUACUACGACUAGUAGUACUACAAUGUCAACAAAUACUACUCAUAAUAGUAGUUCAAUGAAACGUAGUCAUCAUCAACAACAACAUCAUCCUGCUCAUCAUCAUCAUCAUAAUAAUAAUCUUAAUUAUUCAGAUAUUAGAAAAAACUUUCCACUGACAUCAGAGACAACAUUCUCAUGUUUACGUUCAAUGAAUAAUUCAUCAUUGUACAAUAGUUUCACAUCAUUAAACAAUUCAACUAACAAUGAAACAUUUUCAUCACCAUUGAAUUCAAAUUUAUCGAAUAAUUCAACUAUGCUACAUAAUAAUAGUAGUAAUAGUAAUAAUAAUAAUAUUAAUGAUAGUAAUACUAGUAAUAAUAAUGCAACUUUAAUUCCACCGCCAAAUUUCAAUAGUUUCACAGCAUUAGCAGCUGCAGCAGCUGCUGCUAUGGCAAUGAGUAUGCAUUUUCAAAUUCCAUCAUUUACAAAUAUACCAUUGCCUCCUUUAGGAUUGACUAGCUCAUUCACAUCAUCGUCAGCAUCUGGAACAUCUACAGCGACCCCAACAACACCGACAACAACAUCAUUUCAUAAUCAUCAUCAUCAUCAUUCAGUUGCGACGCCAUCACCAUCAUCAUCUUCAAUAGGUUUCUCUUCUUUACCAACGUCGUCGUCGUCAUCAGCGUCAUCAUCUAGACGACUUCAGUCGGGCGCUAAUUUAUUCGACCAAGCAUUAUCAUCAAUUCCAGCAUCGCAUCAUUCAGAUUUCUUGCAGACAUUCAUAAAUUCAUCAAAUUUUCAGCCACCGAAUUUUAUACCGCCAUUACUGAUGCCAAAUUCAAAUGAUACAUCGGAUUGUAAAUAUUUACAUGAAGUUGCUUCGUUGCAAUCCCAGCUGAAUUUCCCAUCCAUCGGUUCAACAUUAACAGCUACAACAUCUUCACCAAUGUCCACAUCAUCUUCAUCAAUCGUGAAUAAUAAUAAUAAUAAUUCUUUAGAUACAUCUCAGCCGCCAUUCAAUAUUUUCAAUAAUCUAUUAUGUAUAUGUGGUAUGCGUUUUAAUGAAAUGUCCAGUUAUUUAUUACAUAUAACAAAUUGUUAUUUUUUAAAAAAUUUAAUGCAACAAUCAUUUUUGAAUAAUUCAAAUCAUUCGGAAUUUCCAACGAUGAUGAUGAUGAUGACUGCACCAUCACGAACAACCACAACAACAACAACAACCACAGCGGCAGCAACGGCGGCAGCGUCAUCUCCAUCUCCAUCAAAGUCAUUUUCAUCAUCAUCUACAUGGUCAUCAAAUACAUUAACAGAGAAAAAAUCAAAUUUCCAUGGAUUUCCAUAUUAUUUUCCACAAUCAUCAUCAUCAUCAUCAUCAUCAUUGAAUUUUCCAUCGAAUACUACUUCAAUUGAUUCAAAUGAAUGUCAGCAUCAAGAUGAUGAGGUAUUGAAUAAAAGAAGGAAUAUGCAUAAUGAUACUCAUCAUCAUCAUCAUUAUGAACAGGUAGAAAAUUUAAAAAAUUCAAAAUUAUCAAGAAUUCAAGGCGAGCCGGUAAAAUAUGAAGAAUUGAACAUUGAACAUUCGAAAAGAACACAUGAAAAACUGAUCUGUGAAGAAGAAGAAACUAGUACAAAUGAUUUGAAUUAUUCACAGAAUGAUAUUGACACAUUGAAUGAAAAUGCUCAUGAACAUUUGAAUAGAAAUACUGUUGAUUUAAUAGAAUCUCAAUGUAAACAUAAAAAAUUCUCGCCAAAUUCAUCAUCCUAUCAUACUGAAAAUAAUCUACAUUCAGAUAAUCGAAUUAUUAAUACAAAGAAUGGAAAUCAUUCAUUUGUUAAAGGAAUGGUUACAAGUUCAAUGAAUACUACAGCUGAUACACAAGAGCUAUCAUGUCAAGUUCCACAAAUGGCAGUGUCUACUUAUUCUUCUACUUCUCCUUCAAAAACGCCACCAAUUCAAUUAUCUUCAAGUCCUACAGUGGAUAUUAUUGAUAGUGAUCGAUCAGAUUAUCAUUCUGCACAGAAUAGUUCUAAUAAUAGUAGUCCAGAACAUAUGAAUUCUAUGUUGACAACAAUAACGCCAACAUCAUUAUCAUCAACAAUGACAAUAGUAAAUUCACCAAAAUCAUGUUAUCAAUGCGGUAAAGAGUUUAGUUCACGUUUAUCACUGAAACAACAUGUUGAAGGUAAACAUAGUACUGAAGGAAAGUAUUGUUGUCCUGGUUGUUCAAAACGUUAUCGUUGGGGUGCAUCAUAUUAUUAUCAUAAAAAAUCAUGUCCAGCUGUUAGAGAACAAAGUCCAGUACCAAGUGAUUUAGUGAAUCAUUUAUCAUUAUCUGGUUCAGAAGAAGAUAAUUCUUCUUUGUCAUCAACGUCAUCGUCAUCCUCAUCAUCUUCACCAGUAAAUUCUCCUAUUUCUUCGUCUCAACUUAAACCGAUUGAAGUAUACACUGAGGAAGAAAAAGAAAUAGUUGACCAAGUAGGAGAAGAAGUCGACGACGUAGCAGAGGACUGUAGUAAUAAUAAUUACACAGAUGAUCACGAUGUUGAUGCUGAUGACAAUGAAAGCAGUAACAAUACUAAUAAUAAUACUACAAAGAAGAGAAAAGGACACACGGAUGAUUUAUACAAUCCUUUAAAAAUUUGUAUUUCACAUAGAAAAUAUUUACGAUCUUCAUCAAGAAAUAGAGAUGAUAGCAUGCAGGAAAUACAUUCUGAUAAAAAUGAUCAUUUAAACAAUAUAACAACAUCAAUUCAAACAAAAUUGAUGAAACAUCAUUUAAAACAAAGUAAACAAUUAUGUCAACAAAAUAUGAAAGAAGAUGCGCUGAUUUAUGAUGUGAAUGCAUUUCCACUUUAUUUAUAUUGUUGUUCGAUUUAUACUACUACUACUACUACUACUACUACUACUACUACUACUACUACUACUACUACUACUACUACUACUACUACUACUACUACUACUACUACUACUACUCAAACUACUACUACUACUACUACUACUACUGAUAAUAAUCACAUGCUCAUUAGAGAGUAA